GUGGAAGGGCAAUAUGAGCAACAACUCAAACCCGGAAAGCUGCCACAAGCUGUUGCCGAUCUCUUUAAGGUAAAAUACCUACUACUUUUAAGAAUAGUGAUCUGCCCUUGCUACUGUAUCUCUAACAUUUGGGUGACCAUUUCUUUUUCCUUUCUGUGUAUUUUUAAGAAAGGUGUGAUAUUUCAUUAUACCAGAUCUCACUUUUAAAAAGUCGCUGUGCAUAAAACAGAUUCCAAGAGCAGCUUUUUUGCAUCUGUACAGUACACCUCUAGGAUUCUAACACAGAUGCCACUGAUAAUGACACGAUUACACCUUAGCUCUCUUGGUUAAGGCAAAUACUAUGACUUGGGAAAAUAAAAGAAGGCCUUGUUAAACCUUUUGUGCACUAAUACCUUUAAAAGAUGAAGAAAUGUGACAUCUUUCUCCCUGCUACGUGACAUGAGUGCUUACAUCACAGCUCCCACACUCUUAAAUUGCCUUUUCUGUGUAAGAAAAAGCAUUGGUAUCAGUGUUGAUAUAGUUUCCCUUCAGACAAACUAAAUUAACUAACUCACUACUAGUAAAAUGUGCAAUUGUUUUUCAGAUGAUUGAAUUAUCAAAGGAGAAAGGGGUUUACCUUUUUCAAGGCAAUCUUGCCACAGCACAGAGCAAGCUCAGUCCGACAUCAGCAGCUUGCUUUUUGCUGAGCUGCUUCUACAAAAACGAAGAACUUGUCAGCAAAAACCUCACUGGGGCAAACGCCGGGGAGGCGGUCGAUCCUGAUAUCCUUUCUUCUAUUGUGGGUAAGUAGAUGAACGUAUCUAAAGAAAUAUAAUUUAUAAAAAGGAUUUACUGCACCUUUAGUAAGAAUUAAAAUGCUUGCUUUGGUUGUUCCACUCAGUUACCUCCCCUGAGUGUGAUAGGAUAACUUCUGGAUGCUUACGAUUGUAAGCCAAUGUUAUAGAAUCAGAAAGCUUUAUGGAUUAAUGUACAGUUUUUGAGAAUGUGAGCAAAGAAAGCUUUAUAACUCAGAUCUUUGACCUUAAUCUUCAUUGCUUUUAUACCAAAUUCAAUCCCCGUAAAAACAUCUUACUUAACCACAAGGGGGCCCCAUACAAUCUGUUUGUGCAACCGUUAAUUUAAUUAGUAUACAACAAUGAAUGUCUCACUAAAUAUAUGUAUGCAUGGAUUGAUUGUCUCAUCAAAUAUAUGUAUGCAUGGAUUGAUGCUAGAUAAACGAACAAUUACCGCUAGUUCUUAUUGUUGUCAUUUUGGUUCUGAAGUGAUACAGUGAAAACCUGUAGUCCACACCCUUUUUAAGCAGAAACAAGCAUAUACAGCACAGACUGCUUCAAGGUGCUUGUUACGACACCUUCAAAUCUCAUGGCCCCAGCACAGAGGCGGAUUCAAAAUAAUUAUAAGAUUCAUAACACUGUCAACAUUUUGGUUGGAAUAACUCCACAAGGGAGCAUUUCAUUUGUCUAACACUCUUAGGGGAGGGGGGGAAGGACUUCUGAUAAGUAUUUAACAGACAAUUGUGGCACUCUCAAAAAGCUACUACCAGGAGAUUUAGUGAUGGCUGACCGGCAGUUUACUAUCCAGGAAAUCCUAAUACUCCACAAACGUGAACUUGCUAUUCCAGCAUUUACUAAAGUCAAAGACCAGCUGGACCUAGUUGAUGUCGAGCAAACCCAUGGCACUGCAAACAUUCGUGUGCAUAUGGAAAGAGUCAUUGGGCUACUAAGGAGAAAAUACACAAUUCAGGAAUUUUACCAAUUGAUUUCUUGCAGUGUGACCCCACUGGUUCCCAAGAGGCUAAAAUUCCUAUGAUUGACAGAAUUAUUACAGUGUGUGCUGCUUUGACAAACCUUUGCAUAGUAUUGUACCCUUGGAUCAAAGGAACAGUGUAUCUGAAGUUUCAUGCUUUCAGACUCAAAACACUCCACCACCUAUUUCAGGAAUUUUAAUUUUGUUAUGACCAAAAGCAACAAAGAUCAGAACAUGCGAACAAACUUUCACCGACGAAAAACGUCUGAUUGGUCGACCGGGACCACGUGACAUUGCCAAAUUCAAAAUGGCGGUAAUACCUCCAUCGUUUGUUUAUUCCAGUGGAAAGAAGAUUAAUUGCCGCUUAGAAUAGCCCAGACUUUUUAUUAUCCUUUUUCACCUAUUCCUAUGGGAUUCGUUCCCUGGGAUGCUCGUGUUUUGGCCGGUUUACCGGAUUCAGCUUUGGACUUGUUUAAGCGAUCACUCUUCACAAUCAUGAAGGACAACAAUAUUUCUGAUAAAAGCCGGGUCACUAGGAAAAACGGCCUUUGACAGCUCAAUGCGCCGGAGAAAUAAGACACGAUGGGUCCUUUGAAAUUGCUUAGACACCUGGAAGUUAUUUUAUUUUAUUUUUUUCACCGAAAAGAUAGAGCAAAAUUUUUUUUUCUCCAGCAAGACUUUAUAAUGUACAAAAAAAAGCUUGGACAUGAGCUAAAUGAACUGUGGUGUCUGCAUUCAUGUUCUUUUCAUUGUGAAAGGGUGCAAUUUUAAGAUCAAAACUUUUAAGCCGUCUAUGACUGAGCAGGUUUUUUUUUCUUUUCAAUGGUUACUGUGCUUGAUCUGAAUAAGAUAAUGAAAUUUUUUAAAUAAGGGAAAUAAUUUAUAUAAAAGAAGAGACCUUUGAUUACAAAUAUGUUAGUUGGAAAAAAUACUGAUUAUAUCUGCUUUUUUUAGUACAUAGUUUGGAAAACUGAUGCGUAGUCAAAGUGCCACAAAGGAGUAAAAACCCAGAUCUUUCCAUUAAUAAAUUUUAUUGACACUGUCAGGGACAUAUGCUUUGCUUGAGUACACAUUUGUUCGUCAAAAAUCUUGUUUAUGAGGCUGCACUUUGUUUGAUGCAGGAUCAAUCAAUCUUUUCUGAAGAGAAAUAAAUAAAAUAUGUUAAAAUGUCACAUACUUCAACACUGCCUUAGCCAACAACUAAGAAGAAACUGAACUUCAUAUCAAAAAAACAAAGUGAAAUUCAAAACUACUUCACUGUGAAACAACAACCCCUUCAAAUAAUAUAUAUCACAUUAAAUUUAUGCAAAAUGCAGACCUAAUGAUAAGUUUAUAGGAAUAGAAACAAACAAUAAUUACAGUGAAACUGUAAAGUUUGAAUGAGAUCUGUAUUUGAGUGUUCUCUCGUAAUUCUGACAGAAGAUCAAAAUUGGAAACUGUAUAUCCUACACAACUGCAUUCAUCAACAUGAUCCAACUAAAAUUUCAUUAAGACUCAAAGUUUACUCCAAACUUUAAACUCCUGUAAGUUUAAUUUGUGAUAAUUUUUUUUCUUGGAAAGAACUUUUGAAUACUUAAUAGCAUGUUAACUCUAUCAUACCGUCGUAACUUUGCUCCAGAAAAAUUAAGCCAAAAACGAUGGACAGAAAAACAAAAGCAUUCACAGGAAAUUUACCCUGUUCAUCUCCUUCCAGGAUACAAUUUUCAAGCAAAGAGGCAACCCCCACAGAAAGCUCUGUGUACAAAAAUCUAGUACUAAAAAAUUGUACACUGGGGAAAUAAUGUCCACAAGUGCGGUUCCUAACGAAGAAAGUAACAAGUAAGUCGUCGUGUGGAUAAUCCCAAGCCAAGUUUAUGAGCAAAAUAAUCUAAACUUCAAUCCUUCAAUUAUAAAAUUGCGAGCCUAAAUGUACAGCAGCUGUACACAUUCUGUAAACAGAAUUUUUUUUACAAAUCAAAAUGUUGCUGGACCUAUCGAACUGUAGCUCCAAGACAGUCUAAGCGUUUAAUGAAAACACUCUCACAUGUUUUCAUUCGACAGUUUGGAUAAAACUCAAAUUUCUUUCACAUACAAAGCUGUAAUAAUGUGCAACAACAAUGAAAUCUGCAUCGAUCGACAACACCACGUUUCGAACUACACACUUUAGAAAACUGCCGCAAAGCCGACCGCCUUCGAUCCACUAGCCACAAGACAAGUUACACAGCAAGACAAUCGCUCAGAAAAUUUCUUUACCUUCUUUAUAAUUUCCUUUUGUUCCGAGUGACACGAGGUUAACUUAAACCAAGCGUAAGCUUAUUUUUCUGCCAUAAACGGAGUAAACACACACACACACGGAAAUUUAGCAUCUAAAUAUAGUUUUUCCAGCAACAAAGUACUAGCUAAGUCAUAUUAACAAAACAAAGCCCAAAAAUGUCUGUCCCUCUACUUUUUUUGGUUGAAUUCGUGAUAAGAAACUCGAACUAAACAACAAAAACAUUUUGGAUAGCGUUGUAAUACGCUCUUCUAUCAACAGUAGAAUGUUGUCGAAUGUUAGAUUCACAAAGUCGAAUUUUUGACACAAAAACGGGAUAUACAUUUAACAAAACUGUCGCUUCCGUGCAACUCGGUACAAGCUAAUUUAUAUACCAAAACAAAGCCCAAUAAUUUUUCUUCCACUACUUUAUAAUUUCUUUCUGUUUGUGCAACCGUUAAUUUAAUUAGUAUACAACAAUGAAUGUCUCACUAAAUAUAUGUAUGCAUGGAUUGAUUGUCUCAUCAAAUAUAUGUAUGCAUGGAUUGAUGCUAGAUAAACGAACAAUUACCGCUAGUUCUUAUUGUUGUCAUUUUGGUUCUGAAGUGAUACAGUGAAAACCUGUAGUCCACACCCUUUUUAAGCAGAAACAAGCAUAUACAGCACAGACUGCUUCAAGGUGCUUGUUACGACACCUUCAAAUCUCAUGGCCCCAGCACAGAGGCGGAUUCAAAAUAAUUAUAAGAUUCAUAACACUGUCAACAUUUUGGUUGGAAUAACUCCACAAGGGAGCAUUUCAUUUGUCUAACACUCUUAGGGGAGGGGGGGAAGGACUUCUGAUAAGUAUUUAACAGACAAUUGUGGCACUCUCAAAAAGCUACUACCAGGAGAUUUAGUGAUGGCUGACCGGCAGUUUACUAUCCAGGAAAUCCUAAUACUCCACAAACGUGAACUUGCUAUUCCAGCAUUUACUAAAGUCAAAGACCAGCUGGACCUAGUUGAUGUCGAGCAAACCCAUGGCACUGCAAACAUUCGUGUGCAUAUGGAAAGAGUCAUUGGGCUACUAAGGAGAAAAUACACAAUUCAGGAAUUUUACCAAUUGAUUUCUUGCAGUGUGACCCCACUGGUUCCCAAGAGGCUAAAAUUCCUAUGAUUGACAGAAUUAUUACAGUGUGUGCUGCUUUGACAAACCUUUGCAUAGUAUUGUACCCUUGGAUCAAAGGAACAGUGUAUCUGAAGUUUCAUGCUUUCAGACUCAAAACACUCCACCACCUAUUUCAGGAAUUUUAAUUUUGUUAUGACCAAAAGCAACAAAGAUCAGAACAUGCGAACAAACUUUCACCGACGAAAAACGUCUGAUUGGUCGACCGGGACCACGUGACAUUGCCAAAUUCAAAAUGGCGGUAAUACCUCCAUCGUUUGUUUAUUCCAGUGGAAAGAAGAUUAAUUGCCGCUUAGAAUAGCCCAGACUUUUUAUUAUCCUUUUUCACCUAUUCCUAUGGGAUUCGUUCCCUGGGAUGCUCGUGUUUUGGCCGGUUUACCGGAUUCAGCUUUGGACUUGUUUAAGCGAUCACUCUUCACAAUCAUGAAGGACAACAAUAUUUCUGAUAAAAGCCGGGUCACUAGGAAAAACGGCCUUUGACAGCUCAAUGCGCCGGAGAAAUAAGACACGAUGGGUCCUUUGAAAUUGCUUAGACACCUGGAAGUUAUUUUAUUUUAUUUUUUUCACCGAAAAGAUAGAGCAAAAUUUUUUUUUCUCCAGCAAGACUUUAUAAUGUACAAAAAAAAGCUUGGACAUGAGCUAAAUGAACUGUGGUGUCUGCAUUCAUGUUCUUUUCAUUGUGAAAGGGUGCAAUUUUAAGAUCAAAACUUUUAAGCCGUCUAUGACUGAGCAGGUUUUUUUUUCUUUUCAAUGGUUACUGUGCUUGAUCUGAAUAAGAUAAUGAAAUUUUUUAAAUAAGGGAAAUAAUUUAUAUAAAAGAAGAGACCUUUGAUUACAAAUAUGUUAGUUGGAAAAAAUACUGAUUAUAUCUGCUUUUUUUAGUACAUAGUUUGGAAAACUGAUGCGUAGUCAAAGUGCCACAAAGGAGUAAAGACCCAGAUCUUUCCAUUAAUAAAUUUUAUUGACACUGUCAGGGACAUAUGCUUUGCUUGAGUACACAUUUGUUCGUCAAAAAUCUUGUUUAUGAGGCUGCACUUUGUUUGAUGCAGGAUCAAUCAAUCUUUUCUGAAGAGCAAUAAAUAAAAUAUGUUAAAAUGUCACAUACUUCAACACUGCCUUAGCCAACAACUAAGAAGAAACUGAACUUCAUAUCAAAAAAACAAAGUGAAAUUCAAAACUACUUCACUGUGAAACAACAACCCCUUCAAAUAAUAUAUAUCACAUUAAAUUUAUGCAAAAUGCAGACCUAAUGAUAAGUUUAUAGGAAUAGAAACAAACAAUAAUUACAGUGAAACUGUAAAGUUUGAAUGAGAUCUGUAUUUGAGUGUUCUCUCGUAAUUCUGACAGAAGAUCAAAAUUGGAAACUGUAUAUCCUACACAACUGCAUUCAUCAACAUGAUCCAACUAAAAUUUCAUUAAGACUCAAAGUUUACUCCAAACUUUAAACUCCUGUAAGUUUAAUUUGUGAUAAUUUUUUUUCUUGGAAAGAACUUUUGAAUACUUAAUAGCAUGUUAACUCUAUCAUACCGUCGUAACUUUGCUCCAGAAAAAUUAAGCCAAAAACGAUGGACAGAAAAACAAAAGCAUUCACAGGAAAUUUACCCUGUUCAUCUCCUUCCAGGAUACAAUUUUCAAGCAAAGAGGCAACCCCCACAGAAAGCUCUGUGUACAAAAAUCUAGUACUAAAAAAUUGUACACUGGGGAAAUAAUGUCCACAAGUGCGGUUCCUAACGAAGAAAGUAACAAGUAAGUCGUCGUGUGGAUAAUCCCAAGCCAAGUUUAUGAGCAAAAUAAUCUAAACUUCAAUCCUUCAAUUAUAAAAUUGCGAGCCUAAAUGUACAGCAGCUGUACACAUUCUGUAAACAGAAUUUUUUUUACAAAUCAAAAUGUUGCUGGACCUAUCGAACUGUAGCUCCAAGACAGUCUAAGCGUUUAAUGAAAACACUCUCACAUGUUUUCAUUCGACAGUUUGGAUAAAACUCAAAUUUCUUUCACAUACAAAGCUGUAAUAAUGUGCAACAACAAUGAAAUCUGCAUCGAUCGACAACACCACGUUUCGAACUACACACUUUAGAAAACUGCCGCAAAGCCGACCGCCUUCGAUCCACUAGCCACAAGACAAGUUACACAGCAAGACAAUCGCUCAGAAAAUUUCUUUACCUUCUUUAUAAUUUCCUUUUGUUCCGAGUGACACGAGGUUAACUUAAACCAAGCGUAAGCUUAUUUUUCUGCCAUAAACGGAGUAAACACACACACACACGGAAAUUUAGCAUCUAAAUAUAGUUUUUCCAGCAACAAAGUACUAGCUAAGUCAUAUUAACAAAACAAAGCCCAAAAAUGUCUGUCCCUCUACUUUUUUUGGUUGAAUUCGUGAUAAGAAACUCGAACUAAACAACAAAAACAUUUUGGAUAGCGUUGUAAUACGCUCUUCUAUCAACAGUAGAAUGUUGUCGAAUGUUAGAUUCACAAAGUCGAAUUUUUGACACAAAAACGGGAUAUACAUUUAACAAAACUGUCGCUUCCGUGCAACUCGGUACAAGCUAAUUUAUAUACCAAAACAAAGCCCAAUAAUUUUUCUUCCACUACUUUAUAAUUUCUUUUUGUACCGAGUUGCAUGGAACAUGCAGUAAACAAAGAGAGUAAAAAUUACCCACCUUUUCGACAUGUCUUCCACAUGCAAACCAGCGAUCUCAACGUCAAAAACACUGAAUCAGACCAUGCCACUGCGAUUUUUCGCCAGUUCCAGGACGCUAUAUUCUCUAGAGAACACACUUCCGUCAAAACUUUGAUGAAAAUAAUUUUUGAUCUCUUACAGUGGCAAGAAAUUGCAACGCUGUCACUGCCAAAAAAAGCUGCCAUCGCUUCUUUCAUCUCAACAACAUUUCGCGGGUAUUUUUGCCUCAGAGCCAAUGACAUUGCCCGAAAUAGAUCACGUGUCAUUUUUAGUAGAGCAUGCGCAGACAUUUUCGCCGGUGAAGAACAAACUAACAAUUGUUAUGCUUUAAUUUUCUCAAUUCUGACAGCCUGGUUCCACAAGAACAAAUAUGAAAAUGUAAAAAAGAUAUGAAAUAUUUCUAGUAACGACAGUUUUCUGAUUAACAAAAUAUUUUAUCAUUUCUCUUUCAAAAUAACAACUGGUUUGUAACUAACCUAUCAACUAUAUACGAGCCUUAUCACGUUGUAAUCACUUGGCUCAGGACACAGAUCUCGUUUGAACUCUUAAGAUCGGUACAUGCAUGCGUCAGAGGUUCGCGAACGCCGUUUCGUAGCAAGCUAGAGCAAUCAUUAGACUGUAAAAUAAAUGUCGCUAGUGCGGAUAUCUGAAAUACGUGUCUAUAUGCUUUUAUACUUAGGGCUUUUUAUGGACACUGGUUUAGCCGUCAUUAGUAUAAUUCGAUUGCAGGAUCUUAAUAUCUCUGCAUAAUGGUAUUCUUAAUUUUAUAGAAUUUUGAACUUUUAUUAUUAAUUAUAUCUAUUUCCUCUUCUUUUAUGUAAGGUUUAGUUACUUCUAUUUUUUAGAAUUUGUAAAUGAAUAGUUUUUUCUAUCUUCACUUAUAAUAUAUAGGAUUGUUUUUGUUCUCUAAUGAAGGACGAGGGAUUUCUUUUGUAACGGAUCGAAUUGUAGAUAGUGUCUUUGAUGAAUUAAUUAGAUUUUUUGUAACAGCAGGUUGAUUGUAAAUAGGAUUUUAAUUGAGGUUUUGUAAUAAAGAUUCUUUUAUUUACCUAUCAACUAUAUACGAUGAACCUAAUCUUCCCCCCUCCCCCUCCACUCAAGAAAAAUUUUUUCCCUCUGGCCCAUACUUGACACGAGGAGGCCUAUUUCUUAAGACAGUUCUCACAAUUCUUACUUCUUCAAUUCUAGGACUCUGUUGGUUCUGCUUUUGUUGUGGCUUAUCUGACUGCUGCUUGGUGUUUGACAAGACAUGCAUGGCUGUUGGCUUGGUGUUUGUUGACACUUGCGUGGCUGUUGGCUUGUUGUUGAUUGUGAAGUGCGUGACCAUUGGCUUGGUGUUUGUUGAGACAUGUGACAGUUGGCUUGGUGUUUGUUGA